AGGUUUAAAAUCACCUAAGUUGUACUUACGUUGUCGAUGUAUUUGAUGUCUGCUUUUCAUAGAUCAGUUUUGAGAAUCAGAUAUCUCCUGACGGGGUAUUGGACUAUGAGAGUCGGAUAUCUCCACAUGAGGUAUCAGACUAUGACAAAGUUGCUCGUGAUUGCACAUCAUCAUUGGAAGUAGUUGCAGUCAAUAUGUCAUCACCAACCUGUGAGGAUGAAGGUCUGCCGUCUUGGGCACAGAGCUGGCAUAUCCCAUUUAGGAAUAUGAUGAUCGGCGACAUGGUUUUGGGCAAGGGAAAUUUCGGUGAAGUUCGUUACGGAGCAGUGAAGGUUGAAGGAGAAGAUUUCAAGGCUGCUAUAAAGACACUGAAGGCUUACGAGUCGAAAAAUGAUCGACAGAAUUUCAUGGAUGAAUUCAGAAUUCUGACCAAAAUUGGACGGCACCCGAACGUGGUCAGUAUUCUUGGUGCUUGUCAACAUGAUGACAUUCUGUACGUGGCUUUGGAGUUCAUGCCGAACGGGGAUCUGCGCACCCACCUGAGAAACGCUAGAUCCCAGGAUGACGAUGGACAGUCAUCUCUGUCUUCAUAUGCAAAGCUGAUUCAGUUUGCUUUCGAUGUUGCCAAAGGAAUGCAGCACCUGGCUGCAUUGAGAGUGAUUCAUCGUGAUUUGGCGGCAAGAAACAUCCUUCUUGACAAUCAACUGGUUGCCAAGGUUUCUGAUUUUGGUUUAUCGCGAGGGGAAGAUAUCUACGUGCAGACAUCACAGACUCGUGUUCCUACUCGCUGGCUGUCGCCAGAGUCGUUGACUUAUAAUGCCUACACAUCCAAGAGUGACGUAUGGUCCUUUGGAAUCCUUCUCUGGGAAAUUGCGACCCUAGGUGCCACUCCUUAUGAAAACAUAACAACUAAGGACCUGAUGUCGAGGUUGGAGAUUGGAUAUCGGAUGGCCAAACCAAGCAACUGUGAUGAUGAAAUCUACAACCUGAUGUUGAUGUGCUGGCAGGUAGACCCGGCCAAACGGCCUAGUUUCAAUCAACUAGUGACUCGUCUGACCAGUAUGGCUGACAACCCAAAUGAGCAAACGUACAUGCGAAUGCUACCGAAGACUGAGGAAUACAUGCACAUGAUGAUUCGCCCAGAGUUUGAUGACAACUAACAAAAAAGCAGUAAACAUCGAAGCUGAAGAGAAUGUAAACCAUGGCUGAAGCGGAUCUUUCAACAUUUUUAAGCGCGUAAAAACG